UCUCAAACAAACCCACCUUAUCUCAUUCCCCAACUCUAAACUAGUUAAUCUCAGGCAAACUCCCACUCAGAACGAGUCUGUCUCAAAUAAAUCCCCACUCUGAAUGAGUUUAUCUCAAACAACCCCCACCCCCACACUGAAACCCCACCUCAAUUCUGAAUAUUAUGUGAAGUUGUCUGUAAAUAAUGUCACUGUUCCUGAUUUUGCAGGUGAUUUGAAUGCUACUCAGUGCUGACAUUGGCUUGAUUUGCCUUCUGACUCUAUCGCUGCUUCUGUCUUCCUCCUGAUUGGAUCAACAGAUAGAUGGGUUCCAGUUCAUGCAAAUGUAAUCAAAUCCAGACUCUGAGACUCUGUUACAGAGGAGGAAGAGGAGGAGGAAGAGCCGGCGGUGACACACUGUUCACCCGCCUGUGCCUAGUGAGGAGCGCCCAUCAGAAAACUCACCUCGACUUUUGUCCAAUUAAGAUCUGCAAUCAAACAUUUCAAAUCUCAGGCCAGGAUCUAGAACCCACUAAUGAACCAUGGAGCAGACCUUCAGAGCCGUCAAUCAAACCCCCGGCAUCCUCAUCUGGAGAAUCGAGAAAAUGGAGCUGGUUCUGGUUCCGGAAAAAUCAUAUGGGAACUUUUAUGAGGGUGACUGCUACGUUCUGCUGUGUACUAAAAAAGUGGGCGGGUCCCUGUCGUACGACAUCCACUACUGGAUUGGUUCUGAGUCGUCUCAGGAUGAGCAGGGGGCUGCUGCGGUGUACACCAUCCAGCUGGAUGACUUCCUGGGCUCAGCUCCGGUCCAGCACCGGGAGGUCCAGCACCACGAGUCCAGCUCCUUCUGCGGCUACUUCAAACAGGGCAUCAUAUAUAAAAAGGGUGGAGUGGCGUCGGGAAUGAGGCACGUUGAGACGAACAGCUCAGAUGUUCAGAGGCUGCUGCAGGUGAAGGGGAAGAGGAAGGUGACAGCUAAAGAGGUGGAGAUGAGCUGGAACAGCUUCAAUCUGGGUGAUGUUUUUCUGUUGGACAUCGGAAAGACCAUUAUCCAGUGGAACGGGCCAGACAGCAACAAACAGGAACGAAUGAAGGGGAUGCUAAUGGCGAAGGAUAUUCGUGAUCGUGAGCGAGGUGGCAGGGCUGAGAUCGGGGUGAUCGAGGGCGAUGCUGAGAAGAACUCUCCUCUUUUAAUGGAGGCUCUGACCAGUAUCAUCGGUGAGCGACCCGCUAAACUGCCCAGCGGGACGUCAGACGACCAGGCUGACCAGCAGCAGAUGGCCCAGGUCACUCUCUUCCAUGUCUCUGAUGCUGAUGGAGAAAUGAAGGUCAUGGAGGUUGCCACCAGACCGCUGGUACAGGAUCUGCUCAACCAUGAUGACUGCUAUAUCCUGGAUCAGGGCGGAGUUAAGCUGUUCGUGUGGAAGGGGAAGCGAGCCAACAAGGCCGAGAGACAGGCGGCCAUGUCCAGAGCUCUGGAAUUCAUUAAGCUAAAGGGUUAUCCUCACACCACGAACGUGGAGACGGUGAACGACGGCGCUGAGUCUGCACUAUUCAAGCAGCUUUUCCAGAGCUGGACCGUCCAAAACCAGACCAAGGGCCUGGGCCACACCCACACUGUGGGCAGAGUGGCUAAAGUCUCUCAGGAGAAGUUUGAUGCCUCUCAGAUGCAUGUGAUGCCUGAAGUAGCAGCUCAGAACCGCAUGGUGGAUGAUGGCAGUGGACAGCUCCAGAUCUGGAGGAUUGAAAAUCUGGAGCUGGCUGAAGUCGACCCAAAAACGUACGGCUAUUUCUAUGGGGGCGACUGCUACAUCAUCCUCUACACCUACGAGGUCAACAGGAAGAAGAGCUACAUUCUGUACAUCUGGCAGGGGCGACAUGCCACCCAGGAUGAGCUGGCAGCUAGUGCAUUCCAGGCAGUAACUGUUGAUCAGCAGUAUGGUGGGGAGCCCGUCCAAGUGAGGGUCACUAUGGGCAAAGAACCCCGUCACUUCAUGGCCAUUUUUAAAGGCAAGCUGGUCAUUUUUGAGGGUGGGACCUCCAGAAAAGGGGGCUUGGACCCAGAACCCCUCGUCCGUCUAUUUCAGAUCAGUGGUACAGAUUCUACCAACACUAAAGCUAUCGAGGUUCCGGCCCAGGCAGCAUCGCUUAACUCAAACGAUGUUUUCUUGCUGAAGAAUCAGGGGACCAUGUACCUGUGGUAUGGAAAGGGGUCGAGUGGAGAUGAGAGGGCUAUGGCUAAGGAGGUUAGCACGGUUCUCGGCCGCGGCUCGUUCUCAGCAGAGAUUAUGGCUGAGGGUCAGGAACCUGCAGAAUUCUGGAACCUUCUAGGUGGAAAGGCACCAUAUGCCAAUGACAAAAGGCUACAGCAGGUCGUUCAGGAUCAUCAGCCCCGCCUCUUCGAGUGCUCCAAUAAAACGGGCCGCUUCAUCGUUACGGAGGUGACAGACUUCACUCAGGAUGACCUCAUUGAAGAUGAUGUGAUGCUUUUGGACACAUGGGAUCAGGUUUUCCUCUGGAUUGGAAAUGAAGCAAAUGAAGUGGAGCGGAAAGAGUCUGUGGUCACGUGUCAGGAAUACCUGCGGACCCAUCCUGGAGCCCGCGACUGCGACACGCCCAUUCUGCUGGUGAAGCAGGGGUUUGAGCCCCCCACAUUCACCGGCUGGUUCACCGCCUGGGACCCUACCAAGUGGAGUGAUGGGAAGACAUACGAGCAGCUGAAGGAGGAGCUGGGGGAAGUGACAUCACUGGAAAUAGUGACAGAGAUGAAGGUGAACCAGGUGAGUGAGGAGAAUAAGACCUACCAGCUGUUUCCUUUUGAGGAUCUGAUCAAUAAAAACGCAGACGAGUUACCGAAAGGAGUCAACCCAUCUGAGCGGGAGAAACAUCUCUCAGAUGAAGAUUUCCAGUUCAUAUUUGGAAUGUCCAAAAAUGAGUUUUCCAGUUUGCCGCAGUGGAAACAGCUAAAUAUCAAGAAGAAAAACAAGAUGUUUUAAAAUAUGACUCUGAGUACAUAUUAUAACGCUACUAGAUCAGAAAAAACUCGUAAACUUGUAGAAACAUAUGUAACUACUGUAACUACCAAUGGUUGCAAAGGUUGAGUACAACAAAUGUGCCAAAUAAAAUGUAAGUGACUUUUUGUAUAAAAAAAAUAAAACAUAAAGAAAAUGCAGAACCACUUAAAAAAUAUUUUUUCACAUGAAAGUUUAGAGUAGUAAUUACACUUAAUUUAAAUAAGCAUCAUCAGCAGGCUAACUUUGUAUUUGCUCUGUAUAGAUAAAACAGACUGGAAAAAAAUCAAAUGAAGAUGUAGAAAUGGUGUUGAAUCUAUUAAACAUCUCGUGAAAAUGA